UGAAUUUUGAGUUGGAUGAGAUGUGAUCAAAGUUGUGUCUGUGCUAGAUGUGGUGGUCGUAAGAGGCCUGUUCCCAAGGGUAUUAUGUAUGGUAAGCCAACAAACCAAGGUAUCACACAGCUGAAUUUUCAACGUAACAAAAGAUCAAUUGCAGAGGAACGUGCUGGGCGUAAGUUGGGUGGUCUGAAGGUUCUCAAUUCCUACUGGACCGAUGAGGAUUCAACAUACAAAUACUAUGAGAUCAUCUUGGUUGAUGCUGCCCAUAAUGCGAUCUGCAAUGACCCUAUGAUCAACUGGAUCUGCAAGCCUGUUCAUAAGCACAGGGAGCUCCGGGGACCGACUUCUGCUGGUAAAAAGUACAGGGGUCUCCAUGGAAAGGGACACUUGGACCACAAGGCAAGGCCAUCCCGAAGGGCAAACUGGAAGAGAAACGACACCCUCUCUCUCCAUCGCUAUCGUUAAUGGAAGUGACAUUUCUUGCAGUUCUUGUUGUGUUAGGAUUGGGAUUUCAUUUGUAGGACUCAGUAGCCUGUUUGGGAUAAAGAAUGGGUUGGCUAUAACAAGGAACAAAUUCAUAUUUUGGCAGAUUUUAUACGCUA